AUUUUCUAGGUUGAUGUUAACAGUGACGCUUUCUACAAUUUAAUAUUGUCUUAUUCGUAACCGGAAUUAUGCCUGCACAGUCUUUUGAAUAUAAAUCAUACGUUACAAGCAAUGAAUCGAGGCAUGAUCAAGACAUUCACUAUAAAAUGUCAAAGAAGAUCGCUCAGCUAACAAAAGUUGUUUGCAUGCUAAAUACACGAAGUGAAGACUAUGUCGAUCUUUUUAAACAAAAUUCUAAGAUUCAUGAAGAUGAAAUUUGUGAGUUGAAGAACUCUUACAGUUCAAAAAUAAGGGAUUUAGAAAAGAAACUGGAAAAAGAGAGGGACAGUAGUUGUACUGUGCUUUUGUUGGAAAAGUGCAUUGAUGAAAAGCAGCAAAAGAUCAUAGAGAUGGAAUCUGAAUAUGAUAAACUCAUAAACGAAUAUCAGUUAAAAGAAGAAAUGAUGAAAAUGAAGCACAAUGCAGAGAUAAUCAACCUUCAGCAAACUUUGGUUGAAUAUAAAGAAAAAUAUGAUAAGGAAUUGAGUGAAGUUCAACAAUUUGCUGAACAGUGGAAAUCUCAUCAAUGUCCAAACAUUGAACGGAUUUCAAGUGAAAAAUUACAACUUGAGGCUAAGUUAAAAAAUUUGGAAGAGAAAUAUUCAUUGUUAGAAGUGGAUAAAGAAUGUACAAUAAAAGACCUUAUAGAUUCAUAUGAAUGUAAAAUUCAAGAAACUAUAAAAUUCAUAAAAGAUGAAGAAGCAAAAAAAGAGAAUGAACUUCUGACGAUUAAUAAAAAUCUUUUAAAUGAUUUAAAAACUCAGCAACAUAUCUAUGAACAGUCAGUAAUCAGAAAUAAUGAAGAAAAAGAUGAAUUGGUUAACAGUGUUAAGAGUAUUACAGAGAAAAACUUAACUAAUUACUGGCAAAAUAUGUUAAAUCAAGAAAGAGAUGAAUUUCAGACAGAAUUAUCUAAACUACAUAAAUCCAAUGAAGAAAUAAAAUAUAAUCUAGAAAAUCAAAUCCAAAGUUUGAAGUCGCAAUACGAUCAACUUAAAUCGGAAUUUACAAAUUACCAAACCAAAUCAAAAUCAGAUUGUGAGAAACUCCGUAGGAAAAUCGGUGACUUACAAAUCAUUGAGGAGAAUUUAAAAAGAGAAUUGAACACAAAAGAUGAAAAGCUGAUUAACUUAGAAAAAUCGGAGAAUGCUAAAUAUUUUCAGCUGAGAAAAGAAUGCGAUGAAUUGUUGGAAAAGAUAAAAACAACUGAAGAACAACUAGAAUUGAAAAAUGAAAUACAGUUGAAUAAGCAGAAAGUGAUCUUAGCCUCCAAAUAUGAAGACAUGCGAUCGAAACUGAAAGAAACACAAAAAUUAUUGAAAACCUCUCAAAAUGAAGUACAGUCAUUAAAAAACCAACUUUCUCUACAAGAAUCAAACCUAAUCAACCUUAAAGAAACGUUCACAUCAAAAUUAAAAAAUGCAAGACAACUAAGUGUUGGUUAUCUAUCAGAUAUCGAGGAAAUAAAAAGAGAAUUAUUACACAUCAAUAAACUUAUAAGACAAGAAAUGAAAACAAAAUAUGAAUGUUAUUAUCAGUGUUUAUUAGCGCAGAAAACUGCAGAUUUACGCAAGACAUUAUACACCGAAAUUGAGCAGAAAGUGAAUAAGGAUAAGGAAAUAUCAAUUAAAAGUGCUACAUCAGUUAAACAAAAUGAAAUUGAUCAUUUACAACAAGUGAACAAUGAAUUAAAAUUAAAACUAACCAGACAGUAUAAGGAGUAUGAAAAUGAAGUUACAAAGACUAAACGUCAGGCGGAAGAAGCACUUAAUAAAGAAAGGAGUAAGUCUGAAGAGCUUCAAAUCGCUUACAAGGAAAACGAGCAAAAGUUGAUCAAAGAAGUGGUACUCAGGGAAAGUCUAGAAAAGCAGCUUGUAAAGUCAUCGGCUGAAAUCGAACAAUUAAAAAAUAAUUAUGAAGUUCUGUCGAAACAAGCUAAGUUAGAAAAAAGUUCACGUUUCACUGAUCUAGUUGCUGAACUCGAUCGUAAAUGGUCUGAAACUGUUAGUCGUGAAUGUGCACGUGUACGUAGUGAAACAUGCAUAAAACUGGAGUCGGACUACAAGGUGAAAUUAGAAGAGGUGAGAAAAAGAUAUGAAGAGUCACUUUCUGAUAACAAUAAUCAAUGGGAAAUAAAGUUUCAGAAAAAACAGCUUGAGUUGGACGAAGUGAUUCAGAAUAAAAAUGACAAUAAUCAGGAAAUAUCAAGUGCUAAUAUCAACGAUUCACAGAAAGGAUUGAUAGCGAAAAGUGAUGAAUGCAUACAAACGGAUGACAUGAGAAAUGACUGUGAGAAGGAGGCUAAUCAAUCCAAUAAUAUAGAGAUGAUUGAUUCAUUUACACAAAGUGAUUUGAGAUGGGGCGAUGAAAACAAAGAUGCUGAUACUAAUUUAAUCAUGACUAAACGCAAUGAGAAUAAGGAUCACGAUACUCAGUAUCAAAAUGUUAUCAGACAAAAACAACUUCAGUUGGAUGAAAUCCAGGCAAAUUACAAUAAGUUAUUCGAAAUUUACACGCAAUCUCAAUUGAAUUUCGAGCAGAUUCAAGAUGAUCUUAAAACACGCUUACAUAGAGCACUUAUGGAAAAUGAAGAAAAAACAACUCUGAACGAGGAGAUGAAAAAGAAUCUGACUCACGAAAUACAAACAACAAAGGAAUAUUAUGAAAAUAUAACAGCAAAACAGAGAACAGAGUUUACACUAGCACAGAAUAUUUUAAAGUCCAAGAUACAUGAAUUACACCAACGAUUGUUAGUAUGUUCAUGUGAAUCAUUAAAAAUGAAGUGUAGCAAGUUAUCUUCGAAAAAUCAAUCACUGCCUGGUAUUUCCGUAAUUAGGAAGCAGAGUUCAACUUCUGAUGAUGUGUCAUCAUCACUAAUGACAACAGAAGCAUUUUGUCAGUCGAAAAUUCUAACCAGUACAUCUACAAACCAUGACCAUAGUUGUAUAACACAACAACGUGAACAAAAUCGUCUUUAUAUGGAUAAUAAGAGUCAAGGGGAAUUUCGUCUACCGGCUUUAUCGACAUAAAGCGUUUAUGGAGUUUGAAAUAGGCAGUUAUUAAAAAGUAGAUAUCAGUAUUACUGUGUAAAAGCAUCCACCAUAGAUUCACACUUGUGUACGCACAAAUACAUUGGAUAAACACUUUUAUCAGUGUGAAUGUGUGGCUGCACGAAAAUCACUUAGCUUGACACCGAAUAUUUUUAUA